UCGCACAGCCAGUGUUGGACUCAGCCGUCUCGCCGCCGUCUCCACGGCUCGGCCUCUAAACCCAACCAACCCAACGGACAAGACGACGAGGGUUUUGCCGCCGCCAUGGCGACCCCUCGACCCCACCUCGCCCGCCUCCUCCUCCACCUCCGCCGCCGUCCCAGGGCCCUACCACUACCCUUCUCCCCGUCCUCCUCCUCCGCCCACGGCCCCCACCCGGGGCCCUCCCUGUGGCCGCCGCCCGCGCCGCUGGCGCCGCCGGCCGGCGCGUGGGGCCGCGCGUUCCACGACGGGCGGCCGCGCGGGCCGCUGUGGCGGAGCAAGAAGCUGAUUGGGAAGGAGGCCCUGUUCGCGAUCCAGGGCCUCAAGCGGUUCAAGGGGGACGAGGAGAAGCAGGCGGAUUUCGUGCGGCGGCACGUGGCCCGACUGCUCAAGGCCGACAAGCUCGCCGUGCUUGGAGAGCUGGAGCGCCAGGAGGAGGUCGAUCUGGCUGUGAAGAUGUUUAGGAUAAUACAAAAGGAGGACUGGUAUAAGCCAGAUAUUUACAUAUACAAAGACUUGAUUAUUGCGCUAGCCAAGUGCAAGAAGAUGGAGGAAGCAAUGGUAAUCUGGGGGAACAUGAGAGAUGAGAACCUGUUUCCAGACUCACAGACUUACGCUGAGGUCAUAAGAGGAUUCUUAAGAUAUGGUUCCCCAUCAGAUGCAAUGAAUAUUUAUGAGGACAUGAAAAAGUCACCUGAUCCACCAGAAGAGUUGCCUUUCAGGGUUUUGUUGAAGGGUCUUCUACCUCACCCAUUGCUAAGAAACAGAGUGAAGCAAGAUUUUGAAGAGUUGUUCCCAGAGCGGCAUAUCUAUGAUCCACCAGAAGAAAUUUUCGGCAUGCGCUGAGGUAAUGGUUGUCAUAGCCACAUGAACCUGCUGAGCAUUAAGUGUAAUGAGAUCAUUCAGUUGUUCCACUGACUGUUUUAUUACCUGCAUCUGAAAAAACAAUCUCAUAUACAUAUGAGUUUGUCUGUUGAUUGGAUGGUGAUGUUGCAAAGCAGCAAUACAUGGGCAGGAUGGAAAAUAAAGGAUCAUUCUGAUUUCUGAUGGCCAGAUUAGUUACCCAUACAGUUACAGAUAUUCAAUUAUCCAGGCAAUCACUGGGUUAGUUGUCCCUAUCUCUGCAAAUUAUUUUGGUCAGCCAACCUCAUAAAUAUUGGGCCAUGUAUUCACCUCAACAAAUGCAACUCCUGCGUGGCUGCAAUGCAGGAUCUUCUGGGUAGUAACAGAAAAGAUUUGGUCUUCUUUGGGUCCACUUGUAUGAUUAGGUUGUUCGUACAAUGUGCUGCUCACAUUCAUGUUGUUCAUUCCCUAACCACUUGUGACACCUACUUUUGAUGAGCAUGAAGGUAUUUCAUUUCUGUCAUGAACAUUUUCAGUUUUUGACUAUGGUCAAAUGGGCCUCUGAUGAAUUGAGACUAUUAAGAGGCUAGAAGUGAGCA